UUAUGAAAUAAAUCGUCUGCUGAUCCAGAGUGUCUUUGUGUGUGAUUAUUGCUUGGCCCGAAGACAGAAAAUUUCCGAUAUUUCGUCCUUGAACUUUGGAUCGUAAAAUUGUACUGACUCGAGCAUCCGUGCACGCAACGUGCAAGGAAGUUCCUACAGUACCUAUCUACUGCACGCAGUGUCCAGUCUGAUUGUAGGAAUGACCGCCUCUGCGCGGUACCACGCUAAGGCGGCACUCCGGAAGGAGCUGAAGCGACGCCUCGCCAACAUGGCCGAUUGCGAUCGAGAGCGUGAGUCAAAUGGCGUCACUCAAAAGGUAUUGGAACUGAAAGAGUUCUCAGCGAGUCGCCGUGUAUCCUUGUACUUAAACAUGAAGGAAGAGGUACACACGAGCGCGAUCAUGAAACACGUGCUGGAAACAGGGAAGGAGUGCUUCAUACCACAAUAUAUCGGCACAGUAAUGAAGAUGGUGAAGCUAAAUUCCCUGGCAGACUACGAAGCCCUCCCAGAGACGAAAUGGAAGAUCAAGCAGCCUGCGGACGAUGAUCACAGACCGGAUGCUCUCGAGACAGGUGGCCUUGACCUGAUACUGAUGCCCGGGUUGGGAUUCACCCGCGCUGGCGAUCGUAUAGGGCGCGGCAAAGGAUAUUACGACAGCUACCUCAGUAAAUGUGAGGCGAACGGCUGCAAACCUGUGACUGUAGCACUUGCGUACAGGGAGCAAAUCUGUGAUGAAAUACCGGUCACCCAAAACGACAAGAAAGUUGAUCAUGUAAUUUAUUUGGAAUAAAAUGUAUAAAAUAA